ACAAGAGAGGGGAGAGGAGGGUGUCAGGCCUGUUGGAACUGGCCAAUUCUAGCCCCACCUCUCUGCCUCUGCGAGGUAGAAAUCCAAAAGUUCAAGAAGGGAUGCUGUGGGUGGUGCAGGAAAGUUGCACUCUUCGAAGAGCAAUCUGUUGGGUCCAGAGAACUACUGGUGGUCCCCAUCAGCCCUGGGGAGAAAAGGGGGCGCAUUCAGAGCCUCCCUUUGCUGGAGUAGGGAAAGAUCUCGAAAUACCCACAGCUUGAGCAGAUUAAACAUUUAGAUUCAGGCUGGCCCUGAUUUCUGCAGUGAAUUUCUUCUGAACAAGCUGCAACCCCCUGUGAGGACCUCCUAGCAGAGAUGGCCUUGGCUGAUCUUCACUACACCACAGGCAUGAGCAGUGGAUUCAAGGUCUACAUCUUGGAAGGUCAAUCGUCUUUCGAGAACGAGCCGAGGUUCCCCCGCUUCCCAGCCCAUCGCCUGCCCGUCUAUGCGAUCAAACGCAAGCCCAGUGUGGAUGUGAGGAGCCCCGAACGAAGCUUGCAUGGGCAGAGGGCUUCCAAAGUCAAGCGAUCGACCUGCGGGCCUGUGGCAGCCUCCCUGGAACAGAGGGUUCCUCCUGCUGCACAGAUCCCGGUUGCUGUUCCCUGUGUCACCACAUCCAGACCUGAGCCUUGCAGAGACUCUCGAGCGCUUCACCCAUCCUGCCCACAUAAAUGCCCCCUGAGGAAGCCCCUCCUGGAUCCAGCCCUCACUGUCUCCCAGUUGCAGCAGAUGCGGCCUUCAGUUAUCACCUGCGCACCCCGCCGGAGCCACCCAGAGAAACCUGAAAGCACCAGCCCUGCAAUCUCCCCAUCAGACCACAGGACCAUGAGCUCUGAUCCUGCCCCGUCACAGAGGCUCCAUGCAUGGACCACGGGCUCUGUGGGGCCUUCAGCACAAGUCAGCAGAGAAGCAUCUCCCAAGCAAAGAAUCCAAGCUGCAGACAAGAAUCCCAUCCCCAGCGCUUGAAGCUCUUUGGCUUUGACAUAGCAGAUCCCUCCUGUGUCCCUAUUGUCCAGCAAUGAGGAAUCCUCCAGAUGUUGCUGGACUCCCGAUUCCCAUCAGCCUCAGGCAGGGGAGCCAGCAGGGAGAGACGAUGGCAGCUGCCGUUCAUUAACAUCUGGAGGACCACAGGUUCCCUGCCCAUCUGUAU